ACUUACAGUAUAUUGCCACCACCAACUGGACUACUGUGCAACAUCAAUGAAAAAAUAAAAACAUAAAAUUAAUUCUACUUUCCACUAAAUGUAUUCCUGUGUUAAUCAAAUAUACCUUAAAUGUUUGUGGAACAUCAACUGUCUUAUGUUGCUUUGCCUGUUUGGCCGGUUUGUCAACUAUUUCCACAUCCCCAUGUCCUAUAAAACCCAUCUUUUGCAGUCCACAGACAGACGCUAUCUGGUUAUUGAAAUUGAUUUGUGUUUAGCAAUCUGCAUCUUAAGCCCUCUAUAGCCUAUAUAGAGCCUAAUAAUGUCCCAUAGAACUUUGUAUCUGCUGCUGAUUGUGCUGUUCAGCUGUAACUGCAGCAGUAUGUCCGAGCCACAGGAGAAGGAGAAGGAAGAACUGACUGGCAGGAGUGGACUACCUGUGGAGAGUGGUGCUGCUGGGAAACAGCAGUCCUGCCUCAUCACAGGCCUUUACCCACUGUUGGCAGAACUGAGCUCCACUCUUCAGUCUCUUAAGUCCAGCAUGGAGCAGGAACAGUUUAAGAGAAAAGAAGAAUAUAACGUAGCAUUUGCUGCUACACUCGGAAACAGAGGAGAUGUUGGGCCCUUCAACACAGAUGUCACACUGGUUUACCAAAAAGUCUUUUUGAAUGCUGGGUCACGUUACAACACGGGCACUGGCAUUUUCACAGCACCUGUUAAAGGAGUCUAUUUCUUCAGUCUUUCUGGACAUAACAAGACAACCAAACCCAUGGGUCUAAGACUUAUUAAAAAUGGAGAGCCGUUGAUAAUUUUAUACAACCAUCCUCUAACUGAUGCAGGUAUCCGGUAUGAAACAUUGUCUAAUUCAAUCACUUUGAUGCUGGAGAAAGGCGAUCAGGUCUUCGUGCGUCUCUUGGCAAAUACAUGGGUGUUUGAUAAUACUGAUAAUCUAACUCUAUUUACUGGCCAUUUGGUUUUUCCUCUUUGACCAUUUUAAUUACAGUUUUCCCUAAUUGCUUUGGGUCAAUAUGCAAAAUCUUUUUCUUUUUUUUUCUUAAAACAGCAAGUUCAAGUUUCUACCAAAUUUUAGUAAUCGCAUGUGUUUAAGUACAUGUCUGGAAAAAAGUAACAAUCAACAAUGACCUUUUUUUAUGGAGCUUUUCUGUCUGGGUGUCAUUUUGUGUCAAAUGUCUGUUCAGUAUGCUGUAUAAUAUUACAUGUAAGAACUGUGUAAAAAUGAACAUGCAAAUGUGAAUGUAACGUUGACACAAAAAUAAAUAGUAUAGUAUGCAUAUAACUAAGCAUAUUCUUUUUCUCUGUGCUACAGUAUUGAAUUUCCCUAGUAAACUUUUCUCCAAUGCUGUAA